UGAAACCUAGUUUGAGUCCUUAUGAGAAAUCAGGAAUUUCAAUUAAAAGGGAACAGUUGGCAAAGCAAAACAAUUCUGUCACCUGUUGGGACUUUCCUGCACAGCUUGAAUAAUCUCUGGUUAUUUUAGUUGUCUUGGCAAUAAUCAAGACCAAUCAGCAUCAAGGAGGGAAAAGGUUAGAAUAUAAAUGUACACUGGGAAACACUUUCUCUUAGACACUCCUCAACCUCUCCCAGACCUCCAAGAAUAAUACAGAAGAACCUUCACUCUCCUCACCAUGAAGGGAACCUGGGCUGUUGUCUUUUGUUCACUGCUCCUGAUUGCAGCUGAAAUUCAAGGGCAGCCGACCUAUGGAAAAGGACGUUGCAGCUGCGUAGACAAAGGUUCUGAUUUAGUUCAGCCAAAAGCCUUAGGAAAAAUAGAAGUGAUUCCCAAGAGCUCUUCCUGUGACCAUGUUGAGAUCAUUGCGACAAUGAAGGCCACCGGAGUGCAAAGAUGCUUGAACCCUAAUUCCAAACGGGUACAGAAGAUGAUGACAACCCUCAUCAAGAAAAGGUCUUCACAAAGCACUCACCGGUAAAGGA